AUUAAAGAGACCAACAUAGGAACCCGUAGACAACACCAUCCCGGAUAUGCUGCAGGAAUACAUGAUGAAGCUGCUGCAAAAUACCAAGCUGAUCACCAGGGGUUCCUUUCCGCACGCAGAUCAUAAUGAGUAGGCGAUACCCUAGGUGGUGGCAUUCAGAGAAGACAGAGAUUUUUUCGGCGGUGAUGGCAGUGACGGCGACGAACAGAGAGUUAGCCAGUCGUUGUUCUGGUUUUCUCGCCGCCUCAUCACCAAGCUCCUCGACCUCAAUCAGGCCAGUCGAAUCACCAUCUCCAAAGUCAUCGAGUAUUCCUGGUUCAGAAAAGAAGGAAGAGAUUUUGAUUCGUGGCUCUACUUCUCCUUCCCUUGUUUGUUGCAUGCUUUUGCUGGGGUUUGUUUCCAGAUUUGGUGCUGGUUUUAGGCUUUGUUGUAGUUUAAUUGUUCGAUUGUUAUAGGCUUUGCUGGGUUUUUUUCUUCUUCUUCCUCUCAUGGUUCCAAUUGAUGGUAAAUAGAAUGGGGGAAGAAGGUUGAUUAGGGUAAAUAGAAUGGAAGUUCUUGGGUUUUGGCGGCGGGACGAUGGGAAGAUUUGGAGUAGAGAAAUUAUUAAAUGGGCACUACACACUACACAGCAGAGAAAUAAUUGAAUGGGCAGAUUUGGAUUAGAGAAGAAUUGGCAGU